CUCCUCCUUCAGUGCGUCCGGAGGUUCUGCAGCAGCCGGAGAGCAGAACCCGCCUCAGCAGCACGAACCGGACCGGCUCCCACCUGAGAUGCGCGUCCUCCUCCCGCCGCCUUAGGUGUGACUUCCUGCACGUGGAAAAGUUCGGUUCCGCUCAUGGCCUUCCCUCAGGGCUUCCUGUUCCAGCCGCCCGGACCUCUGGCUCUGCACUUCGGUUCCGGACUCAUCCUGGGACCCAGGACGGAGGAGUUCGGCCGCUCCGGGUCCGCCUUCUCGCCCUACUCCUCCUCCUCACACCUGCAGUUCGGCUCGGAGCCGCGGGCCGCCGGAACCAUCAGCUCCUAUGUGAGUCCGGGCUUCGACCCAUCCUCGGCCGUCUCCGGGUCCUUGGACUACCACCCGUUCGGGCCCCUAGGGCCCUACGCCUACGGAGACCCCGCCCACAGGAAGAGCGCCACGCGGGACGCCACGGCCACGCUGAAGGCCUGGCUGAGCGAGCACAGGAAGAACCCGUACCCCACCAAGGGCGAGAAGAUCAUGCUGGCCAUCAUCACCAAGAUGACCCUGACCCAGGUCUCCACCUGGUUCGCCAACGCCCGGCGCCGGCUCAAGAAGGAGAACAAGAUGACCUGGACCCCCCGGAACCGGAGCGAGGACGAGGAGGAGGAGGACAACAUCGACCUGGAGCGCAACGAGGAGGACGAGGAGGAGGAGCUGAGGAGGGAGAGCGCCUCCUGUCAGCUGGUGUUCCGGGACCACACGGGUACGAAUCAGGGUCCCGCAGAUCUGGACUCAGGGGACCGGAGGCUGGCCCACAUCCCCGGUCCUGGGUCUACUCGUCGAAGCGGGCCUCUGGGGUCUGGGUGCACCUCGUUGUCGGGCUCGCCCUCUAAGGGACACGUGGACUCGUGCGGUGCCACCCGGGGGCCGAACCCGGCCCCGAAACCCAAACUGUGGUCCCUGGCUGAGAUGGCCACGUCUGCGGACCGGAGCACAGGAAGUAGUGACUCAUCACAGAGCGGGGGGCGGAGCUCGCUGUCCUUCGGCCCCGCCCUGCCACACCACCUUUACUACGCCUCCCCCUUCGUGUCCGGGUACUCGAGCCUCGGGCCCCUGGGGCCCCCCCACGGGGGCUCUGCCUUCAGCACAUUACAGCAGAAGAUGCUGCGUCAGAGCGAGGCGGGGGGCCGGGACUGCAGACCCCGAGCCCAGAACCACACGGAGCUGCACGAACUGAAGAGAGGCAUGACCAAGGUGUAGACCUGGACCACCUGGUCUGUCUGGACCCUGGCUCCAUCAGGUCCACCAGGUCCACCAGGUCCACCAGGUCCACCUGCAGCUCUCAGACUUUUGUUCACAAACAGUUUUUCAGCUUUUCUAUGUUGAUGAGAUGAGAUGUAACCUUUGAUCUUUCAUUAAAAUAUAGUUUUAUUAAACCGAA